AUGUCCAGCAUCGAGAAGCUGCUCAUCCGGGGCAUCCGCUCGUAUGCCACCGACAACGAGUCGUGCAUCAACUUCGACAAGCCGCUGACCAUCAUUGUGGGCAAGAACGGUGCAGGCAAGACAGCCAUCAUUGAGUCGCUGCGGUACGCGACGACCGGCCAGCUGCCGCCCGGAUGCAAGUUGCCGUCGUUUAUCUCCGAUCCCAAAAUGUCCCGCGUGCCCGAGAUCAAGGCGCAGAUCAAGCUCAAGUUCCGCAACGCGGCCGAGCAGGCGUGUGUGGUCUCGCGCGGACUGGUGGCCAGGCAGACCCGCAAGUCGGUCACCUCCAAGACAAUUGAUGUCUCGAUGAAGCUUCCAGGCAAAGAUGGCCAGGUGACGUCGAUCACCGGCAAGUGCUCGCAGGUCAAUGUCCUCAUUCCCAAGUUGCUCGGCGUCACCGCCGCCGUCCUCAACCGGGUCAUCUUCUGCCAGCAGAACGAAGAGUGGAUCCUCGGCUCUGACUCGGAACUUAAGAAGGUGCUCGACGAGAUCUUUGACGCCACUGCCUACCGCGAAGCCAUCAAGACCAUGAAGCGUGAGAUCGCAGACAACCGCCAACGCAUCGCCCUCUUCCGCCGCGAUCUGCAGAACGAGGAGACCAUCCGCCGCCACGCCAAAUCCAACAAGGACCAGCUUGCGCUUGUCUGCGAGGAAAUGUCCCAGCUGGAGUCGCAGGCCGCAGAAAUCGAGGCCACAAUUGCGCCCAUCACCGACGAACUUGCACAGCUCUCCAAGGUCGCCGCCAAGCUCGACGAGCUGGAGCGCCGCGCCGGCGAGCUCCAUGUCACCAUUGAGGUAUGCGAGCGCAACUGCGCCGCAAUCAAGACCAGCAUUCAAGGCUUUGAGUUCGAAGAAUCCGACGACGACCUCCUUCGCCAGCAAAACGAGUACCUCGACACCGUUCAGGCCGCACAGACCAAGCUCGACACCAUCGAGCCUUUGCUCAAGGCCGAGCAGGCUGCCGCCGCUCCGCUCGCCAACCGCUACCGCGCCGCGCUCACCGCCCACGCCGAGCUCAACUCGGCUGCAUUGGCCCUCAACUCGUUUAUCGCCAAGCGCGACGCCCGCCUCACCGCCGCCAAUGCCGAGCUCGGCCUCGGCCUCUCGGCCUCGGCUUCGCCCGACGAUGUUCGCGCAGCGCUCGUCAAGCGGGUCUCCUCCACCUCCCGCGAGCUCACCGCCGCCGAGGAUGCUGCCGCUGCCUCACAGGCUGCCUCGCGCGCCAAGAUCCAAGAGCUCAAGGUCCGCCAAGCCACGCUCUGCGCCGAGCGCGAGGCCGCCGCCCGCGCCGCCGCCGAGGCGCGCGCCUCGAUAUCUGCCCUCGCCGCCGCGUCGCCGGUCUCGGCGCCCGGCGCCCUUGCCGGCAUUCGCGCCCAGCUCGAGUCGGCCACGGCUGCGCGCGACGCCGCCGAAGCUGUGCUGGCAUCUUCUGCCCGUUCCGGCACCGGCGCCAAGCUCAAGGCCGAGCUGGGCGCGCUGCGUGGUGCACGCGAGCAACUCGAUGCUCAGCUUGCUGCCGUUGAUGCUGAACUCUCGCGCCGGACGAGGUUCGCCGGUCUCCAGGCCGCGCUUGACUCCAAGACCGAGGCUGCUGAGGCCAAGGCGGCGGAGCUGGCCCAGCUCCGUGCCGACGCCGCUCCGCUCAUCGAGAAGGUAGCGGGUGUGGAUCCCGCCACUAUUCGCUCGGCGGACGUGGCCGCGCUAGAGGCGCAGGUGAACAUUGCGCUUGCCAAGCUCGCCCAAGACCGUGACACCGCAUCGGCUGCCGCCCGCGAGGCCCAGGCUCAGGCCUCGGUCGUCGCUGCACAGCUUGGUGACGCUACGGCCGAGCUUGUCGAGAUGGAGGCCAAGAUCAAGGCGCAUGCCAAGAAGAUCAAGAAGAACACGGCCAAGAGCAAGCUGGAGGACGUCAUCACCAAGACCCAAGCUCACAAAGACAAGCUGAAGUCCAAGCUGCAGGCCAAGAAGCUGACAGCAUCGUCGGUCGUCGGCCAGUUCAAGGCCUUUAUUGCCGCCGCCGAAGACUCGCACGCCUGUCCGCUCUGCUCGCGCGGAUUUGACUCGUCGUCGGCUCUGGCUGCCUUUGUCAGCGAGCUGGCGUCCAAGUUGGACGAAGCCUCCAGCAAUGUCUCGACCGUCAAGCUCCAAGCCGACCUUGACGAGUGUGACGUCAUUCUCGCCCGUCUCGACACCCUCCGCCCCAUCGCGGUCGAGCUCGAGCGACUGUCAACCCAAGCCAAGCCGGCUCUGGAGGCCAAGAUCGCUGAGCUCAAGGCCUCCGCCGAAUCAACUUCUGCUGCGGCUGCUGCUGCCGAGGCAGGAUUGGAGGCUGCCAAAAGUGCCGCUGACGCUGGCGAUGAGCUCAAGAGCAUGAUCGACGAGCUGCUCCGGGUUGAGCGCGAGGCUUCCAUGGCGGCGGCUGCCGUCGCGUCUGCCACCGCCGAGCUGGAUGCUGCCAAGGGUGCUGUCGGCUCAGGUGGCGACGCAGCUCUCGGUGCCGAGACAACGCCGCAGCUACAUGCCCGUGUCGUGUCUCUCAAGGCGGACCUGGCAGCAAAACGGGCCCGCAGCCGCGAGCUUGAGACUGAGAUCGAGGCGGCAGCGAGCGCGCUGGCGGCGGCCGAGCGCGCUGCUAGCGAGGCGAAAGCCAAAGUACUCGAGCUGCAGAACAAGGAGGCGCGCGCCGAAAGCGCACUCGCCAAGUCAGAGGCCCUCACAGCGGCGUUGGCCGAAGCCGAAGCCAAAAUCAAGCACGCUGACAACAGCCUGGCUCCGCUGCGCGCGCAACUUGCCGACGCGGAGGCUGCUGCUCUGGCUUCAGCCACAGGCGCCGACGCCAAGGUUAGGGCCGCACGACUCCGCGCUUCGGCCGCAAGGGAUGCUGCAGACUCGCUGGCGCGGAUGUCGACUGAGCUGGCCGAGCUCGAGCGCAAGGGCUCGCCGGCGGCGCUGGCCAAGGCCAAGGCGGCGCUCGACCAGCUUGAAAGUGACAUGGACGCGAGCGCCCAAAAGCGUACCGAGCUGGAGACCGCGCAGUCGCAGCUCCAGGCCGCACUCGCCGACUCAAAGGAGACGAAGCGACUCAUUGACGCCAACAUCGACUACCGGAAAGCAUCGCGCGAGCUGGACAGCCUGCGCGAGCUUCUGGCGCAGGCCAACGCCAAGGCGGCCAAGCUGCGCGGGAGCACAAGCUCGGGUCUCUCGCUCAGCGAGCUCCAGGUUCAGCACAGCAAGUUGUCGUCAAAGGCGGCAGAGCUGCAGGGCUUGAUCAAGGGCAAGAAGGCGCACGCUGACGUGCUCCGAGCCGGGCUCAACGAGCCACAGUUCCAGCAAGGCGAGGCAAACUACGAGGCCAAGCUCAUCCAGAUCAAAACGACUGAGAUGGCAAGCGCGGACCUCGACCGGUACCAGCACGCGCUCGACUCGGCGUUGCAGCGGUACCAUACGCUCAAGAUGGCCGAGGUGAACAAGACCAUCAAGAUGCUGUGGGAAAAGGUGUACCAAAACUCGGACAUCGACAACAUCAUGAUUGCGUGCACCGAGUCGGACUCUGCGCGUUCUGCGUUCAAGUACGAGCUCGUGGCCAUCCGUGACGGCGUCGAGACGCCGAUGCGCGCGCGGUGCUCGGCAGGGCAGGCCCGCAUUGCCUCGCUCAUUGUGCGCAUUGCCCUCGCCGAGUCGUUCUGCCUCCACUCGGGCCUCAUUGCUCUCGACGAGCCAUCGGCACAGCUCGACAAGGCCAACGCGCGGUCGAUGGCCCGCGCCCUUGCUUCGAUCGUCAACGAGCGCUCGCGCCAGUCCAACUUUCAGCUCAUCCUCAUCACCCACAACCAGGAGUUCUGCCAUGCCCUCAACUCCAAGCUCGAGCGGCCGCCGACCAAGUUCUGGCAGGUCGAGAAGGAUAGUCACGGCUUUUCCACCAUCACCGCCCGCGAGUUUGGUGCCUGACGCGCACCCAGUGUUAAACUAAGCUACAUCUCUG